AUGGUCUUCAUCAUUGGUAAGCGAGACGAAGCCAUCCAAUUUGCGCUGGACCAAACAAAGACUGGUGUUGUGCUCAAAGAUGCCACCAUAGAAAUGAUGCCCAAGACCAUGACGGAUUGGCAUUGCAACUCCCAAGCCAUGCAUGAUAAAAUGCUGAUGAAUCGUCAACUUGUCAGCUGCAUUGUCGUGUCGAAAGACAAAUUGCCAGGCACAUGUGGUGGGAAGUCCUGGAUAUUUUUGGGGGUCCAACCCAAAGUCGGCUGCCCUCAUGUGCAGCUCCUUUUGCUGCAAAGCCGUGAGCUGAUCCUUGCUGUCGAUGUGGCUAGUGUUGCAAAAUCCGUACACCAGCUGACGAGACCCUCCUAA